AUGUUCCAUUACCUGAUCGUCCGAGCUCGUGUGUCACCGGUCCAGGAAGACGGACACCGUUGCUCAUCAGAGAAGGCGGCGUUAAAUUACAACAGUAGUGUAAAUCGAUGCUACCCGUACUUUAUACGGAAAGGCUAUGAUGACUCAUUGACGAUGACUCCGGGAGACAAGCGAGACGGUCAGGUGAAAUUACGGCGCUGCUGGCAACGACGACAGAGGCUGCGGAGGUCAUUGGUUCGAGUCAAGCCCGGUCGGCGGUUAAUCAGCGGUGCUGUGGUGGUCGAGGAUCGAGGAACGACGUAA